GCGGCUGGGCUUCGGCUCUCCUCGCUUGGGCCGUCCCGUUCCGUAGCGGGAUUCGCCUUCACGCACGCGGUGUGGGCGCCGGGGGCCCGCGAGCGGAGUGGCGGGAAGGCGAACGCGCCGACCGAGGUGCCUCGUCCCCGCGGGCGGCCACCUGCUGGCCGAGACGGCGGCCUGACGCGCUAGAGGCGCCGGACGUCCUACCCCCGGCCGGGCAGUUUUAAAGUGGAAGUGACGGUCCUGUGUGUGGAAGACUGAAAGAAAACGCCGGAGACUGACGAGUACUCAACCGCGCGCACGCUAAAAAUAACUGAAAAGAUCAUCGGGGUCUGGCAAGAGUUGUUCCCCGCCAGUCCUCACCCGGCCCGAGGGCCUCCUCAGGCGCCUCCUCCGUGAGGCGCAGAGCUGAGGUGGACUUGGGGUCCAGGAUCAAGUGGGGACGCCCCCUAAGGCGGUCGGCCUCUUGCAAGUCAGACCAAACGUGUUUACAUGCAAUGAGUGGAACCCAAAUCCAGCCACCCGCCAAGUUUCAAGCAGGGUAGGGGGCUUUGAGAGCGUUAGGAGUAACUACCGUUGCGGCGAAACAAGAGGUGAAUGCGUGAAUAAAAAUCGUUGAAUACCAAGUUGCAACCAGAUGCUUCACGUCACUCCAGAAACUGAUCAGAGCAAGACACUGUACCUGAACAGAUUGUGGAAAUAUUAAACCUUUGCGAACUAUUUGGCAGUGAAAAGACAAAAAUCUGGAAAGAGGGUGCUAUAAAAACAAAAUAGUGCCCUCAUUCAGUGUCAUCAAUGGCAAAAUGAUAAAAGCCAUUUAAACUCUUUUUAGUAAAGACCCUAGUCCCACUUGUGUUUUUGAGAUAAGAUAGAGCUUAUCUUUAAGGAUGUCCCUUUUUGCAUUGGUUUCAUCAUAGUUUUGUUCCUUAAACCAGGAUUUAUUUAACGAGGAAAACAUUUGGCUUUAGAGUGUUGCUGAUUUUGGAUAGACUUGUUUCCCAGACUCAUAAUAUUUUGCUCAGUCUAAUGUGGAUAUUACAGUUCUUCCUUGGGAAGUUUACAAGCUUCAGCCCAUGGACAAGAAUAUAACAAGCAUCCAGGAAGUAUUACACCAAGCAUGUGUUGAAAAGCAUACUAUUGAAAAAACCCUAACCUUUCUUCAAAAGAACAUUAAAGCAUUGCUGAUUCUUUUGUUAUGAUAAAAGAGGUGAUAGAUGAUACAAAUCUUGCUGGAAGACCUGGUUUGGGAUGAUGAUGUGAACAAUUAUGCAUGUUACCCUAAAGAUCAUGGCAGCUUCUUUCCUGACAUACCCCAUGCUCAGGACCCUUAGCCUGAAGCUCCACUCAGCUCUCACUGGCACCUAUCUCUCCGGCACUUACUCCAUCGUCUUUGUCAACUGUCCCAAUGAGCAAAUUGCUAGAGAUAUGGCAAGGGCUGUCCUGGAUAAGAAGCUGGCUGCCUCUGUGAACAUCCUGCCCAAGACAGCCUCACUGUACUUUUGGAAUGGGGAACUAGAAGAAGCCACUGAGAUCCUGCUGUUAAUAAAGACAAAGACUUCCAAGGUUCACAUGCUGUCUGGCUACAUCAGGUUGGUGCAUCCUUUUGAAAUCCCAGAAGUCUUCAGUCUUACCGUGGACCAAGGAGAUGCGCGUUACUUAAAGUGGCUGGAGGAAGGCAUAGCAAAGGACUGAUGUGCCCGCAGGCCUCCCUCAGCCUGAAUCAGCUGCAUUCCAAGGAAGGAGAUGCUCUUCCUGCUUCCUCACGGCUUGGAACUGCGGGGUUUUGUCAGUACAGAGGAGCUAGAUAACCUGCGAAGGGUGAAGGGCCAAGCUUCCUGCUGCCUCAAGAGAAGACUGAGCCAUUUGGACCAGUCGGGAAGCCAGUGGGACUCUGCUUCAUGGUUAAAGGUGGCCUGGGGGUGGGAGGGCAAGGAUGGACAUAGGUGGCGAUCAAGGGAAAGUGGUAGUGAGGACGGGAUUGUCAUCUUCUCCUGAAGUCACCGCAUCUACCUCUGGUACCAACAGCAUCUACCUCUGGUACCAACAAUGUAACUUCCUUCCUGCUUGUUGGGAGGAGGAUGGGGUCUGCUAACCCAUGAGUGUGUAGGGUGAAUGCUGCCUUCUAGGGGAACUGGCAAGUUCUUUACCCUAAAGGAUUAACUACUAAUGAUGCAAUUUCAGUGACAAACAGGAUUUCUGCUAGCUAAGGAGCAGUGUUUGUAAUUCCUGAGUCCUCCGGAGGUGAGACUGGGAAUAGACUCUCCUGAGUGGGAGAAGGAUGAGGGGAAUGUUAGGGCUUAACCAUAGCCUCAUGGGUUGGGACUAAGUCUCGACUGACGGACAUCAAAAUGUUCUGAUACUUUGCUUGGUGGAAAUGUAGCCUUUGAACACACCGUAAAUAGCCUUUCCAUUGGGCAUUGAGCCUGAGCCUUGAAGAAGGCAGAACCCUAGGGAUUUUCAGGUUCACUGUUUCGAAAAAAUUUCUAGAACCAAUGUUCUCUGUCCCACCAAGCUCCAGGCUGACAAAAGGUGCCCUGGGACUGCUUGGAUGGUGGCAGUAAAAAUAUGCCACCCCCCACCGCCUAACCAUACUGCAACUGCUAUGCUGUGCCUUCGUUGCAUUCUUUGCAUUCUGAAAGGACUUUUAAGAAGUGUUCUUUCUUAAAAAUGUAUAAACCAGUAACCAAAGCUAGUCUCUUUUUUUUAUAGAUUGUAGUCUUGGUCUUUAUAGACCUCACGCUGCUCUGCGGUCCGGGAAUGGGUUGAUGGGUCAUGCUCU